AUGUUCGGUCGCUCAGAGGUUAGAGCAGAAAUCGGGUUCGUUCCCCCUCCUCUCACCUUUCCUUUUUGCGUAUCGUUGAACCUCAACUCCCGAAAUUUGGUUGUGCAAAAAUCAGUGCAAGUCGUACGCCAAGGGGCAUUCCGCGAUUCAUUGCGGGGACGGAUCUCGAUGAGGGGGAUCCGAGUAGUCCUGACGAACCAAGUUGGCCUGAUCUUCACCACCGGCGCCUUCGCCUCCAACAACCCCGCUUUGCUAGACGCCUCAGUGGAUCAAAAUCGGGUAUUGGAGGGAAGGCCAUCCACGAACAAGAACCAGGAUCUCCUGCAGAUUAACGGACAGAACACAACGAUCAUCGAUCAUCCCUUAUACCGACACAGACUGAUCAACUCGGAUCUCGCAAUUUAUUUCGAAAAGAAACUUCGACUCGAAAUUACCUGCCCACCCCAGGGGAGACUCAAGGCAAGUCCAAUCCCUCCAUGCGUGCGCUCUACCACCCUUAGUGUGAUGCAUAUGAUAGAGGGUAACAAUAUCCGUUAUAUCUCCCCACCAAGUCCGGAGAUCACUACCGACGAAUGAGUUUUGUUUCUUCCCCAAAUCGACGGGGAUCUGUGGUGCCUAACAGACAACGACCUAUUUGCGUGCCGCUGUGCUCUUCCGACUGAAUCAUCGUGGGGUCUCUGGAUCCGACAGUAUCACUAUCAUUCGCGUCGGCAAUGACAAGUUGCUGUCGUAUGUAGCCCACACACGUACAAGGACGCGUACAAGUCUUUCGUGUGGAUUGUGGUGUAUAUAUAUGCGUGCCUCUCAAUCGAUAUCAAUACACUCCUUGUCGUCCGUC